GAGCCUGGGCAGCCCAGCCAUCCCUCCUCCCUCCAGCCAGCAGCUCCAGCCAACCAGCAGUGCCAGGCAGGGCAGGGACCCGGGGGACAGGCAGCACAUAGCACACAGGGAGCGGUGACACAGCAACACAGCAUUUCCAGGCACUGGUACACAGGGGGAACCUGCCUUAAUGCCCCACCGCAGAGGGAAGCAGUGACAGCAGACACAGCCAGGAAUGGCGGGAGCAUCGGUUAAGGUCGCGGUCAGAGUGCGGCCGUUCAACUCACGUGAAAUUGGGAAAGACGCAAAAUGUAUCAUUCAAAUGUCUGGAAAUACAACUACAAUCAUCAACCCAAAACAACCGAAGGAAACACCGAAAAGCUUCAGCUUUGACUAUUCUUACUGGUCUCACACUUCGGACGAGGAUAGUCAGUUUGCUGGACAGCAGCAGGUAUAUCAUGACAUCGGGAAGGAGAUGCUGCUUCAUGCUUUUGAAGGAUACAACGUCUGCAUUUUUGCAUACGGGCAGACAGGGGCCGGCAAAUCCUAUACCAUGAUGGGCAAACAGGAACCGAUGCAACAAGGAAUCAUACCCCAGCUGUGUGAAGAUCUGUUUUCAAGGAUUAGUGACACAAGCAAUGACAACAUGUCGUACUCAGUGGAGGUCAGUUAUAUGGAAAUCUACUGUGAGCGGGUUAGAGAUCUGCUAAACCCAAAGAAUAAGGGGAACCUGCGUGUGCGUGAGCACCCCCUACUUGGACCAUAUGUAGAAGAUCUGUCAAAACUCGCAGUUACCUCCUAUGGUGAUAUCCAAGACCUCAUGGACUCUGGUAACAAGGCCAGGACUGUAGCAGCCACAAAUAUGAAUGAAACAAGCAGUCGCUCCCACGCUGUGUUCAACAUCAUUUUCACACAACGUAGGCAUGAUGCCGACGCAGAGACCACCACUGAAAAGGUUAGCAAAAUCAGUCUUGUGGAUCUUGCAGGAAGUGAGCGAGCUGACUCCACUGGAGCCAAGGGUACAAGGUUAAAGGAAGGAGCAAACAUAAACAAGUCCCUCACUACACUGGGCAAAGUAAUUUCUGCACUUGCUGAAAUGGACUCAGGGACCAACAAGAAUAAAAAGAAGAAGAAAACAGAUUUCGUCCCAUACAGAGACUCUGUGCUCACAUGGCUGCUCCGAGAGAAUCUGGGAGGAAAUUCUCGUACAGCUAUGGUUGCUGCUCUCAGUCCAGCUGAUAUCAAUUACGAUGAAACCCUGAGCACCUUGCGAUACGCUGACCGUGCCAAACAGAUACGAUGCAAUGCUGUGAUCAACGAAGAUCCAAAUAACCGUCUCAUCCGAGAGCUUAAAGAUGAGGUGGCACGUCUCAGAGAGCUACUUGGAGCCCAAGGACUGUCUGACAUCAUAGACACCGUUAAUGCCCUAACGGGUAUGAGCCCUUCAUCAUCCAUGUCUGGUUUGUCGAGCCGGGCUGCUUCUGUCUGUAGCCUACAUGACCGCCUUGCAUUUACUCCUGGUAGUGAAGAGGCCAUUGAAAGACUCAAGGAGACGGAGAAAAUAAUUGCUGAGCUGAACGAAACAUGGGAAGAGAAACUGCGCAGGACAGAGGCAAUUCGCAUGGAUAGAGAAGCCUUGCUGGCGGAGAUGGGUGUGGCUAUGCGAGAAGAUGGAGGAACACUUGGCGUCUUCUCACCUAAAAAGACUCCCCACCUGGUGAAUCUUAAUGAAGAUCCUCUGAUGUCUGAGUGUCUUUUAUAUUACAUCAAGGAUGGCAUCACCAGGGUUGGGCGUGAGGAUUGUGAAAGAAGGCAAGACAUUGUACUAAGUGGCCAUUUCAUCAGAGAAGAGCACUGCGUUUUCCGCAGUCAUACAAUGCCCUGCGGAUCAGUGGUGGUGACCCUCGAUCCAUGUGAAGGAGCGGACACGUAUGUGAAUGGGAAGAAAGUGUCUGAGGCGUGUGUGCUGCGUUCAGGAAACCGUAUUAUCAUGGGGAAGAGUCAUGUAUUCCGAUUUAACCACCCCGAACAAGCACGUCAGGAGAGAGAGCGCACUCCUUGUGCAGAGACCCCCGUGGAGCCUGUGGACUGGGCAUUUGCUCAGAGAGAACUACUUGAGAAACAGGGAAUUGAUAUGAAACAAGAGAUGGAACAGAGGUUGCAAGAAUUGGAAGAUCAGUAUCGAAAAGAACGUGAAGAAGCGAAUUAUCUUCUGGAGCAGCAAAGACUGGACUAUGAAAGCCGACUGGAGGCAUUACAGAAACAGAUGGAUUCCAGAUAUUUCACAGAGGUCAAUGAGGAGGAGGAAGAUCCUGAAGAUGAAGUCCAGUGGACAGAACAGGAGUAUGACCUGGCACUCUGGGCUUUUCGAAAAUGGAAGUGGUAUCAAUUCACAUCUCUGCGAGACCAGCUCUGGGGCAACGCCAUCUUCCUGAAAGAAGCCAACGCUAUAAGUGUGGAGCUGAAGAAAAAGGUGCAGUUCCAGUUUGUUCUCCUGACAGAUACCCUGUACUCGCCACUUCCGCCUGACCUGCUUCCUCCGGACGCUCACUCUGAACGUGAGAAACGACCUUUCCCAAGAACCAUUGUGGCUGUGGAAGUUCAGGAUCAAAAGAAUGGUGCAACCCAUUAUUGGACCAUGGAAAAACUCAGGCAACGCCUGGACAUGAUGCGUGAGAUGUACGACCGGGCAGCGGAACAUCCUGCGGGUCUGACUGAAGACUGUGAUAAUGUGGUGACCGGAGGAGACCCGUUCUAUGACCGAUUUCCUUGGUUCCGUCUGGUGGGCAGCUCUCCCCUAUUCACCACAUGCAUGAGCGAGAGCAUGGCCGAAAUAACCCCCUCCCCUACCCUCUCGAGCCCCAGCUCUGAGGGCCCGGGGUCGGCCUUACAGCUUGAAGAGGAGGAGGGUUUGGAGUAUGAGGAGGAAGAGGAUGAUGAACCCCAGGAGAAUUCUUGCUGCGCAUUCAGAUCCGACCCGUUUCACGACCGCUCCCCUCUGUUCAGUGUAGUGGGAAGGGCCUUUGUGUACCUGAGUAAUCUCCUGUAUUCUGUGCCUUUGGUUCACCGAGUCGCUAUUGUCAGUGAGAAAGGAGAAGUCAAAGGAUUCCUACGUGUUGCUGUUCAGGCCAUAUCAGCUGAUGAGGAAGCGCCUGAUUAUGGUUCUGGAGUUCGACAGUCUGGAACAGCCAAAAUCUCCUUUGAUGACCAACACUUCCAGAAGUUCCAGGCCGAAUCGUGCCAAGGAAUGACGCGCUCGGGCACUUCACAAGAGGAGCUGCGUAUUGUUGAAGGUGGACAGGGACAAAACCCUGACAGUGGCCCAUCUGCCGAUGAGGUCAACAACAACACAUGUGCAGCGUCCAUGCAGGCGGCUCUGCUGGAUAGUCCUGUGAAGGGUUCUCUUGACCUGUCCGAUGGAGGAGGCCACCCCUUGAAAUUGGGAAGCAUUUUCACAUUCAGAGUGACCGUACUACAGGCGUCAAGCAUUCCUCCUGAAUACGCUGACAUAUUCUGUCAGUUCAAUUUCAUACAUCGUCACGAUGAGGCAUUUUCCACAGAACCACUGAAGAACACAGGCCGUGGACCACCUCUCGGAUUCUAUCAUGUCCAAAACAUAGCAGUAGAGGUCACGCAAUCGUUUGUGGAGUAUGUGAAGAGCCAGCCAAUUGUAUUUGAAGUGUUUGGACAUUAUCAGCAGCAUCCAUUCCCACCGCUGUGCAAAGAUGUGCUCAGCCCCCUGCGAUCCUCCAGACGCCUCCUCCCCAGAGUCAUGCCUUUGUCCAAACCAGUUCCUGCCACAAAGUUAACCAAACAGCAAGUACCAAGCACCGGUCAGUGCCAUUGCAAAUAUGACUUGAUGGCGUUCUUUCAAAUAUGUGAACUUGAAGCAAACGGAGACUACAUACCAGUGGCCGUGGACCAUGGAGUUGGAUUACCAUGCCAUGGGACUUUCCUUCUCCAUCAGGGCAUCCAAAGACGCAUUUCUGUGACAUUGGUUCAUGAAGCAGGUGCAGAAUUGAAGUGGCUGGAAGUGCGUGAGCUAGUAGUGGGAAGGAUACGAAAUACCCCAGAGGGUGACGAGUCUCUAAUCGACCCCAACAUCUUGUCCUUGAACAUAUUAUCUGCAGGGUAUCGUCCCCCAGAGGGUGGUGACCGGCAGUUUCUUGAUUCUGAUACACCUAGGACGUUCUAUCGUUUUGAAGUAGCAUGGGAUAGUUCCAUGCACAACUCUCUGCUGCUCAAUCGAGUCACCCCGUACAGAGAGAAGAUCUACAUGACACUCUCUGCCUACGUGGAGAUGGAGAAUUGCACACAGCCAGCCGUGAUCACCAAAGACUUCUGCAUGGUUUUCUAUUCGCGGGAUGCUAAGCUUCCAGCAUGUCGCUCCAUUCGAAACUUAUUUGGAACUGGCAGUUUGCGAGCCUCAGAGAGUAACAGAGUGACAGGUGUAUAUGAGCUCAGCCUUUGUCGUGUUGCAGAAGCCGGCAGUCCAGGUAUGCAGAGGAGACGUCGGCGUGUGCUGGACACAUCUGUUGCCUAUGUGCGUGGUGAGGAGAACCUGGCAGGAUGGAGGCCUCGGAGUGACAGCCUGAUCCUUGACCACCAGUGGGAGCUGGAGAAACUCAGUCUACUUCAGGAGGUUGAAAGAACUCGACAUUAUCUGCUACUGCGAGAAAAGCUUGAAGCCACUCUAAGAGGUGCCACAGAUCCACUCACACCUUCCCCAAGUGAGGAGAUAAUGCCUCUUAGUCCCACAUGCCAGCUGAUACAGCUCAAUGAGGAUGGGUCACCACACAUAGAAGAAAACCCCCUGGAGACUGCUAGUGAGAGGCAGAAAGAGCUAGCUGCUAAGUGUCUACGUCUGCUUAGCCAUACCUUCAACAGGGAGUACACUUACAGUCACGUCUGUGUGAGUGCUAGUGAGAGCAAGUUGUCUGAGAUGUCAGUCACGCUCCUACGGGACCCCUCACUGCCUGCCCUGGGGGUCACCUCCCUUACCCCAUCGAGUACCUGUCCUUCUUUGGUUGAAGGAAGAUAUUGCAGUCCUGAGACUAGUCCUCAGCCCCUUUCUCGUGCAUUCAGCCCAGAUCGGGAUCUUCUAAGUCCUGCAGGAGAAUCUCAGAAGUCUCCAAGCAAUGGUCUGAAGAGCCCUCUCAGUCUGUUUGUUCCUGACAUACAAGAGAUCCGUGUCAGCCCCAUCGUCUCUAAAAAGGGCUACCUCCACUUCCUGGAGCCUCACACAGGUGGCUGGGUAAAGAGGUACGUGGUGGUCCGACGUCCAUAUGUGUACAUCUACAACAGUGACAGGGAUCCAGUGGAGAGAGCUAUCCUCAAUCUCUCUCAAGCUCAAGUGGAGUACAGUGAAGACCAACAGGCCAUGCUGAAGACUCCCAACACAUUUGCGGUGUGCACUCAACACCGGGGCAUCCUGCUGCAGGCCGGCAAUGACAAAGACAUGCACGACUGGCUCUAUGCCUUCAACCCUUUGCUGGCUGGCUCCAUCCGGUCCAAACUGUCUCGUCGCAGAACAGCCCAAAUGAGAAUCUAACGGGAUCCCUGCACUCUCCUCUUCUUUAACUACAACUCACAUUCAUAAUUCACCCCUAAACUUGCACACAACAGCCCCACUCCUCUAAGCUCAGUGCUGUCUCUCAGUGUGAGUAUCACUUGCUCAUGCUCACUUCUCUCCUGUCUAAGGCAGUCCUACUCUUCUUCGAGUGAGGGUUAGCUUUUGGCACUGUAGUCACUGUACACUAUCUUUCCCAUGGUACUCAGCCAGCUAAAUGGUCCGAAAUAGUGUCCACAACAGCUUCAGUGAAAAUGGCUAACCUUCACCAUGUUAGGGAAUUUCACUGACUACCAGUGUUACUCUGCUGUAAGGAAGUCCAAACUAUCGAUGGACAAUGUCCUUCUUAGGAGAUCUAAUAUUUUCAUAUGCAGAGGUAAAGGUUCAUUGAAAAAGUUUGUAUCUGAUUUAGCAAGCAGUAGUCUACUAGCGAUUUAAUCUUAAAUCUGGCAGGAAGGUAAGACAGAGAACAAGGAGAAAAGAGUCCACGGUUCUCCAGCCAGUUAGUUGUCAUUUGGAAGAAGGUAGUUAUAUAGGUCAAUGAAAACUGAUGGAAAUGGAACACAUCUUCAUGGUCCACGUUUCUCCAACAGCACCUGAUGUUCUAGAGAUUUGCAUAUGACAAGUGAUGACAUUCUGAUUACCCUUCCAGCAUGCAAAACCUCUUCAUUAAGCAUACAGCACUCUUUUUAACGUCACACAAAUUUGUAUCUACACACUACUUUAUUUAGGUCCUUACUCGACUGCAAGGUCACAAUCCUAACACACCAAAAUUUCCUUCCUUUCCCACACCACUUUGCUCCAUUUUCUCUGUCCUUCUAUCAACUAAAUAAGACACACACUGACAUGUCUCUAUUCAGGGACACCAGUUCACUCAACAGAAACUCUGUACAUCACAGCCAGUCUAAUGUUUGUUAAGGUUGAGGUUCUGUGUUGAGAAAAACUACAAUACGGAGCUCGAACUGACAUGGUAAACAAUAUCUGAUAACCUUGACCCAGCACAGUAAACCGAGUACUUUUUGUGUAAACCUUAAUUUUCCUGUAUAGAGGCACCAAUGACAUAAAUAUGAUCUAGCAUGACAACGUAGCUCCACAUGUGAUGAGGUGGUGUACUUAGAGCACAUUUCUAGUUCUAGGUACUUGGGUGAUAGGAGAGCAAAAGUUGACAUCCAUGGUGGAGCCAUCUCUACAUUGAGAUAUAGUAUUUGUGACUUGACGUAGCCAUAUGACCAGAUACUCUUAUUACUCUCUAAUUUGUGGUGUAUUGUUCGCACAUCAUGAAUGGGAUGAUCAUGUGCAUUUUUGAUUGACAGAAAUAGCAAAUAUGCGGGGCCUUAAAGUCCUGGCUUUGAUAAGACGUUCUGUGUAUUUUAAUAGGAAUAUUAGAGUUGUUGGACUACAACUUCCAUAAUUGUACUCAAAGGUAUAAGGUCACUUUAAAGUACAGCAUUGUUUAUUGAAAAAACAAGGAGGCGUUAGUAAACAUACCCCGAAAGGCAUCUCAAAGACAUGGUUCACUCUAGUAAGCCAAAGAAUUUCCCUCAAGUAAGAAUAUUGUUUUUCCCUAUGCACUUGAAUGACCUUUUAUUAUAGCAGCACAUUAAAUGAUAACUGCUAACUGUGAAAUUAGUACAAAUUAAUAAUAAACCCAUCUACCUAGGAACAUUUUAAAGCUACACAUUUUUUGUUGUUAACACUAUGUCACUGCCCAUUUAAUGUCCUUAAAGACUCACCAUGACACCAUGAACAGGCUGGCAGUAAAAGCAAGAAAGUGAAAGUAUGCCAGGGAAUGGUCGGUAGUAAAGUGAGAUGGAGACUGAUGCUGAAGGAGUAAAGAAGAUAUUUAGAAAGCCCAUCUCAGUAUAUUUGGUUAUGAUUGAUUAUGCCUUGGGGCAUUUAAUGUGUGGGACUGGUAGAACGUAAGUCAUUGUCCUGUGGUCAAACAGCUUCAGAGACAUGAGGUUCCAUCAUCUCAUUCACAUUGUCAGGCGUGUAUCUGAGGCCAACAAACCUACAGAGCACGACGUGCCCCUUUGAAACUAGUCAAACAUAGCCUAUUAAUACUAUACAGAGGGAGUAAACAGCAGACAGUUAUUAGGCUGCCCACUGGGAGCUGAUGUUACUGUUUAGUUUUAGUUCAUAGCGUGAAGUCACAGACAUUUGAAGAGCAACAGGGCAAAGCAAAUUGUAAAUGGGUUCCAAAAAGAGAUUGAAGAAGAUUGCCCUUUUUGAUUUAAUAAAUGUUUUUUUUAAACAGUGAAAGUAUAUUUAUAUGUAGUGCCUGUUUGCUCAUUGCACAGAGUCUAUUAUUUUGAAAUUGGGUCCGUAUAAUGAGGGCAUUAAUCUUGUUGAAUCGAGCAGCAAGUUUCUUUUGGUGUUCUGAAAGGAGGGAGGGGUUAAUAUACUUAUCCUAAGCUGUUCUAGUAAUGGCCUUAUCAUACUGCAUAUCAUGUUACUUUAAUGAUCGUGUACACUAACUCAUUGAAUAUACAAUAUUAUCAAUCACAGACCAUUUCAUUAACCAUGUGAGGGUCAGAGAAGCAAGCAACGUUGACAGUUAGAAGCAGUGUCUAUGAAUAAUCCAGUGUUGGAAUACUGAGUGUCGCUGAUAGCAAUCUUGGCCCCUACAGUAUACAGAGGUAGCAUAGAGAGGUGGACACCGCAUUGGGAAGGAAACAAGCAUAUCACACAUCUCAAUUAAUUUAGAUUUUUCUCCAUAAUAUUUGUCUUGAUAUAAUUGUAUAGAAUUUCAUAUUUAAACUGAAACAUCCCCUGCAAGCAGUCAAGACAGAACCAAACACAAUCGGUGCCUUGUUUGUAUUUUCCAUUCCCUGAAACCGACUACUGAGCACUGACAAAUAUAGCAAAUCACUCUUGUUUAAAAGCAUUUGGAACUUAACCCCUUAAAGACACAUGACGGAAAUAUUCCGUCAUGAUUCCCUUUUAUUCCAGAAGUUGUGUCCUUAAGGGGUUUAAAGAUGUUUUAUCAGCAUCACAGGAAGGAACAUAGAGCUUGUUUGCACUAGAUUGUUUCCCUUGUUACUAAAUGUUAAAAGAAUGUCUCCCAUGUUUGUGAUAUUCCCUGGAGCCUAGUGAUCAAAUAAAGUCACACCUAGGCAGGUCUUUCUUUAUGGUAAGAAUCCUCACCUCUAAAUCUAAAUGGUGCAACUGCUGUUUGGCCUGGCAUAACAGAACCCAACACAGGCCAUGUGUGUCAGUCUAUUGCCUCCAUGAAUAAAUUAAAUGGGGAGUUAUCUUCUGUUAAAGAGUAUUGUGUCUGGACUGGUCAAGGUCUGCUGGUAAUGGCAGAAGCAAGGUCUAUAAAUCAUAUUACAAUUUGGGGAUCUAACGGUUUCGAGUCAUGCCCUUGCAAGAAUGCAUCUGCAUGAUGUUUGUUUCUUUAAAUGUCAAGUGAUCUAAAUGUAAAUGACCGCUUUCUAUCUGGAAUAUUUCAAUAAAAAUCAAUGUGCAGUCAUAUUAUUAGAGGUUGUUCAAGAUUUCAUUGUGUAGCUUACUGCAUGAAAGCCUUGUUAUAAAUCAUGAUAUAUCCUCACUCAUUAAAAAAAAUAUAUCAUAUACAAUAAAUGUAUUUGGAUCUCAUAUCGAAAAGCUUUAUGUUACUGCAUUGUUAUAAUCGGUACAGGUGAUCUGUGAAUUAUUAUUUUACUAGAAAAGGGUGAGAAAUUCAGUUUCCGUAGGAGCUGAGCAAUUCCAAUAUGUAAACUCAGGUCGUUAAAGACCAUAAGUGUCCAGGUUAAUAGAUUUAUGACCCAUCUGCUAAUUGCACGUGUAUAACAGAUAGAAUAUAACAAUUUAGGGGUUACUUACCGUAUAUUGUAAUAUUACCAGUUAAAAGUAAUAUUAAUUCCGCAUAUUUUAAUGAACACAAAUAUUUCAAAGGAUGGAACGUGUGUCCAGAUGCUUUUGUAUUAUAUCUGAGGAAGAGUCCAAAUGUAUUGUAAAGUAGGCACUUGUUUACCACUUUGUGUUCAUUCUCUUCAUUUUGACAAUCGAGUCGGUUUCCAAACACAGCUGGGUGUUUAGUGAUUAAACCUCACAGACCGUAAAAUAUGAUGCUAAAAUCUGGAUAGACAUGAAUAAUUAAACCUAGCAGUGUCAGCCCAUAAAUGCUACACAGGCCGUGCUAGAGCUCUCCAUUCCAGAGUUCCGCAGCUUAACAAAUUUAAAGCCUUAUUUAAAACUAUUUUUAAAAAAAACAGCAAAAGAAGCCUUUCUCCAGUAUUUAGAUACAAUCCUGUCGCACAGAAAAUUGGCGCACAUAUGGUAAAAAGUUUGGACACUGAUUCCAGUGUGUUGCAGGUCUUUCAGCCAACAUUACCACAAGGUGGCCAUUUCUUCACAGGUCGCUAUGCCUUCCAUAUAGUAAUAUAUCAAAAUAGCUGUCUAACCUAUUUAUUUAUUUAUGUAUCUAUUGUAAGAAUUAUAGCUUGGCAGGAAAUUCUGGCAAGGAUUAAUUUUAUGUAUGCGAUGUACGAUGUAAUAUUUGGAGAUGUAAUUUUAACAAACUUGAUGUUCAUAGUUUACCUAUACGCACAGCGUACAUUGAUAUUUUUUAUUUGUUUGUAUAUACUCCAGUAUGAGAUAUGUUAAUCUAUAAUCUUCAAGGAUACUUCAUUCAAAUGCGGAAUGUGGUGAUCGGGACAUUUCAAUGUUAUUAGUUUCUAGGGUAAAGUUUCUCAAACUGUGGUUUUCUGAUUGUCUCCAUCAGCAUUCGUAGAAUGACCUCAUUCAUGUUGACAUCUUAAUGCUAUGUAAGAUUUGGCUAAAUUCUUUGUGGUGCUCUGAAAUUAAAUUUAUCAUAUUAAAAUUAGAAGACUGAAAUCUAAUUAAAAGUAUUUUCACGGUAUCUAUAUCAAACAAGAUCUAGUUUGAAUAUAGGCUAGCUAUUAUGAGACCUAGUCUGGUUAAUCUCUUUCCUUCUCAAUGCUGUCAUUUAAUACGCAGUGGAUUUUAUAUGUAAUAAAUCUCUAUGUAAACCUCACUAAGUCUCUGGAUAAAUACUGGCUAUCACCUCUGAACCCAAGGUUAUAUCUAUCUUAUUACUUACCCAGGGCAUGAUGUAUGAUAAUAUGAAUAGUUGCGCACAGGUAAUGCUCAGGCUGUCCUGCAAUGCUUAAUAACAGUUGAUAGCUUUCUAACGUACUGCAGGGGUGUCCAAUACUGGCCCUCUGGCAAUUUCUGGGGAUGGCUAGCAGAGAAUCAUGGGAAGUGUAAUCACAUAAUAGGUUGAGCAUAGCUAUGGGUCGAGACAUAUGAUGUAGCCUUUAAGAGGAACUUUUUUUGUCCAUAUACAAUGCAUGGGAGCGAGCCACUAUAUCAUUUGUACAAGUGAUCUGCUAUUUAACUGUACUUUAUCUAAUGUCCAGAAUCUUAGAAAGAAAAGUUGCUGUGUCACUAGUAUUGUUAAACAAGCUGUGUUAGGAAUAGGCAACACCUAGCACCCUAGCUGCUGAGUACAGCUUCCACUAUACCCAGCUGGGAGUUAUAGUCCAGUGCAGCUAUGAUGCCAGUCGUUACCUUCUCCUGCGGCUGAGUGCCUCAUUACUUACGUGUCUGCAUUAUUAGACUAUUACACAUUGCAGAAUCAUAAAUGCCAUGACCAACUAUUGUUAGUAGAUCUUUAAAUGACUCCAUUACAUGGAAAUAUAAUGAAAAUUAUAUGAAAAAAUUCAAUAUUGAAUUGAAAGUAGGCUACAAUUUGAAAAUACCCCUGAUUUUAUUUCUGUGGCAUUUUUUUCUCCAAUCACAUAUCUCUCCCAUGUAGCCACUACUCACUGUAUGGUCCUAGCCACAAGCCCUGUGCUGUGUCUUGUAACUGUGAUGUAUAAUUCUGAGUGUUUGGGGUGUGGGGUUGUGCAGUUCGGGGCUCUUUGAUCUCUUAACUCUUUCACUGCCAUAUGGUUCCAGCGUGAAUUGUUUUUCCACCUUGCAGAGAAAGAGUUAAUAUCCUAACCAGGACACCAUGAUCUGGAAUACUUAAUUCAUUAAUAAAUGUGUCAGUUAUGCAUAUAACAACUCA